ACAGCAGUGAGAAAGCACAAUUGGAUUCUCUCUAUUUUUCCAAUGCCUUUCUCUGUUUCUCUCACACCACCUUCAAAGACUCUACCUUUACCUUCUUCUUCUUCUUCUUCUUCAGUUCCUCAACAUUUCCAAACUCUCUGAUCCUUCUUCUAGACCCAAACAAGGUAUGAGCUAAACUAAAACUAAGCCAAACCCAUUGUUCUUCUUUGGAUUUAACUCCAACGGUCACAUUUUCCUGUUCUUGAAGAUGAUUUUCACAUGGGUUUGGUUUGUUUAUUUCUUUACAUUCAACUACUGUUGUCUAUUUCUUGGUAGUUCUUUGAAUAAUCAAGGGUUUGCUCUUCUUUCAUUCAAACAAUCAAUUAGUUCAGACCCAGAAUGGUCAUUGAGUAACUGGAAUUCUUCAGAUGAAAACCCAUGUUCAUGGAAUGGGAUUACAUGCAAAGAUCAAAUUGUUGUUUCAAUUACUAUUCCGAAGAAAAAACUUGCUGGGUUUCUUCCUUCAAGUCUGGGUUCUCUUACUUCGCUUAGACAUAUUAAUCUGAGGAAUAAUAAGUUACAUGGAGAUUUACCUCUUGAGCUUUUCAAUCUUCAAGGGCUACAAAGUUUAGUUCUUUAUGGUAAUUUCUUCACUGGUUCUAUUCCUAUUCAGAUUGGUAACCUUAAGUAUCUCCAGUCUUUAGAUUUGUCACAAAAUUUCAUGAAUGGGUCAUUACCUAAAUCUUUAUAUCAGUGUAGAAGAUUAAGAACUCUUGACCUUAGUCAAAACAAUUUUACUGGUUCUUUGGAAUUUGGGUUUGGCUCUGGUUUGAUUGCUCUAGAAAAGCUUGAUCUUUCUUUGAACCAGUUUAGUGGUUCAAUUCCUAGUGAUAUUGGUAAUUUGUCUAGUUUACAAGGAACUGUAGAUCUUUCUCAUAAUCAUUUCUCUGGUUUGAUACCAGCGGGUUUAGGGAACCUUCCGGAAAAAGUGUAUAUUGAUCUUACUUUUAAUGAUCUCAGUGGUCCAAUACCUCAGAAUGGUGCAUUAGAGAAUAGGGGACCAACUGCAUUCAUCGGAAACCCACGUCUGUGUGGACCUCCAUUGAAGAAUCCAUGUCCUUCAGGUGGGAAUGCUCGGAAUGGUUCAUCCUCAUUUCCAUAUUUACCGGGAGAAUCUCCGCCUUUAGCAGAUGAUGUUGGUGGUGGUAAGAGUGGGAAAAGCAAAGGGUUAAGUAAGAAUGCUGUUAUUGCUAUUGUUGCAUGUGACAUAGUUGGGAUUUGCCUAAUUGGGUUGCUGUUUUCUUAUUGUUACUGGAGGUUUUGUUCUUGUAAGAAGGGUAAAGAUGGAAGUGGAAAGGAAUCAAGGGGAAAGAAAGAGUGUCUGUGUUUUAGGAAAGAUGGGUCGGAGACUCUGUCUGAAAAUGUUGAGCAGUGUGAUCUUGUGGCGUUGGAUAUGCAGAUUGGUUUCGACCUUGAUGAGCUUCUUAAGGCGUCUGCUUUUGUUCUUGGUAAGAGUGGAAUUGGCAUUGUAUAUAAAGUUGUGCUCGAAGAUGGACUCACAUUAGCUGUUAGAAGAUUGGGUGAAGGAGGAUCUCAAAGGUUUAAGGAGUUUCAAAAUGAAGUAGAAGCAAUUGGAAAGAUUCGGCAUCCAAAUAUUGUUACCCUGAAAGCCUAUUAUUGGUCCAUUGAUGAGAAGUUGCUCAUUUACGAAUACAUUCCAAACGGCAACCUCUCUGCUGCAAUUCACGGGAAGGCUGGGAUGAUAUCGUUCACACCUCUAACAUGGUGUGUUCGGAUGCAAAUCAUCAAAGGAACGGCUAAAGGUUUGGCAUAUUUGCAUGAGUUUAGUCCCAAGAAAUAUGUUCAUGGAGACUUGAAGCCAAGCAAUAUACUACUUGGAGAAAAUAUGGAACCCCAUAUUUCUGGUUUUGGACUAGGCCGUCUUGCAAAUAUAGCAGGCGGAUCUCCAACACUGCAAUCAGACAGAAUGGCGUCAGAAAAACAACAGCAGCUGCAACAGAGUGCACCAUCUGAAGUUCCAACAAUCAAUUCAGCAUUGAGUUUAGGGUCUUGUUACCAAGCUUCCGAAGCCUUGAAAAAUGUUAAACCGUCACAAAAAUGGGAUGUUUACUCAUUUGGUGUUAUUUUGUUAGAAAUGAUCUCAGGGAGAUCACCAAUGGUGCAAGUUGGUACAACUGAAAUGGAUCUUGUUCGAUGGAUUCAGCUUUGCAUUGAAGAAAAGAAACCGUUGGGCGACGUUUUGGAUCCAUUCUUAGCCCGAGAACCAGAAAGGGAGGAGGAAAUCAUAGCCGUGCUUAAAGUCGCUUUAGCUUGUGUUCAAACCAGUCCUGAAAAAAGACCUUCAAUGAGACACGUAUCCGAUACACUGGAAAGACUAAUCAUUGCCACUGACUGAAAAAUGUUUAUCGCUGACAGGUAAUAUUCAAUGACACAUUGAACAGUAACCCAAGUUUAAAUAGACCAGUCCCUGGGGUUGUAAAGAAGUGACAAUGUUAUCUGAAUGUAUCAUUCAAUUUUCGUAUCACCAUUGCUGUUCAACCAGAUUUUGAGAUGUAAAACUUCUCUUUUGUUGAACUUGAAGCCAUGUCUUAACCUGUGUUUUGUUCUUACAUAGAUUUUCAGCUAUCAAUUUUCUUUCUUUUUCUUUUUGGCUGAACAUAAGUUGUUUGUAGUUGUACAAGGAAAUGUGUGUAUUGUGCUUGUAUCAAAUUGUUUUUUUGGA